AUGAUACCACGGGCAGCAAAAAGGCUAGAGACUACUUCACUGUUGUCCCGCCAAGGUCUUCCUAGACCAGCUAGGCUCUACUCUACUCCUUCUCGAAAGUCUAGCGCGCCUGCAGCAGCCACUCAACAAGUCCCUCAGUCCAGUUAUCCAUCCUUCUUCCCCAGAGCUGGCAAAGAUGCUGUAUCACAUAAUUUUCCUACAGAUAUGGAAAACUUCCUGAAGAAUCCACCACGAUACACUCUUCUCCCUACGCCACUUCCAUCUAUAAGCACCAAUGCUUCCACCAAAAAUUCGACCUGGCUCGUAGACUCAGCAACACAAGACUCGCUAGCUGUCAUAGAUGCCUGUUUAUACCAGUUAUUUGACGUCCCCCGCGCCAAAGGUAUCUUUGACCGGCUAAGA